AUGGCAUCCUACCUGUACGGUCGCGACGUAGUGUCCGACGCCAAAGACACAUUAUCUAGCUGGGACAAGUGCAUGGACAAGACCUACUGCAAAUGGCCUGUUAUUGUCGCAAUCGUCGUCGGUUGUCUAAUCCUCUUCUCGGUCCUCUACUGUGUUGCUCGAUGCAUCUGCUGCGGCGUCGAGCUGUGUUCCUGCUGUGUCAGCUGCUUUACCUGCUGUGGAAGCUGCUGCAAGGGAGGAGGUCGAAGUCGGGACCGUCCUUCGAAAUACACAGACGACUACAGUCGCAUGCCUCCUACCCCCUACCAGGGGUACCAACCAGCCCCGAGCCCGAUGGCCUACGGAGGCGUUGGGAAUGCCAAUGCCCCACAGUUUGCGACCUUCGACGACCCGAGCAGCAAGAAAGUGGUCAACGAAGACAGUCUCCCGCCUAUGCCAAGCUGGGAUACUGCCGUGAAGAGGCGAGUCGAGGACACCAGUGCACCACCCGAGGCCAAGAACGGCGACCUCGAAAUGGGCCGGCUAGACUCGCAGCCGCAAUGGAUGAGAGGAGGCUAUAACAGAGUCCCUAACGCUCCGGUAUCACCGAAUCCGGCCCAGCCAGAAUAUUUCCACAACGACUCGGGCAUGAACCACGCUUACAACUCGGACCUGGGCGACCAACGAUUACUCAGCCAUAACGAAAACCACGACUUCCAGGCCGUCCCUCUGAGCCCGCCUCCUACUUAUCGAUCAAACUCCAGUCUCCCAUCCCUGGUUGGCCACCAGUUCGGCGGUAACGCUGCAGCCAUGACCACCCCUAAGGCCUAUAAUCAUGGUCAACAGUAUCCACCACAGAGCCAGUCCAGCUAUCAAGGUUCUUACGCUCCAAGCAGCACACAGUACGAGCCAUCACAUCAAGACUACAUGUCGGAGUCGAACAGAAUCAGCAUGCCCACUCCGUAUAAUCCUGGCCCGACAGCCCAGCCUCAAGCCCCAUAUCCACCGUCUGAUCCAUCGCCACGUGACAACCGACCUCCAAGUUUCCUGCAAAUAGGCAGAAAGCCCGUCCAAGGAAGCUUCAGGGAGCUCUGA